UAUAAGAAAAAUAUCAAAAGUUGAGUCAUGGUCGUUGUUUAUAGAAACUAGAGUAUGCGGUUGAAAUCUGGAUGAAAAGAAAGGAUUAUACUCAGCGAUCUCUGUAAAAUAUGCAUUCAAGAAAUGAGAUUGUAUUAUAGAUGGUUCCUAGCUCUACUUUUUGCGUUUUGUCUGAUAAUAUUUUGGCAAAAUUACGUAAAAAACUUUGAGGCAGAAGAACUAGAUGAAAGUGAUGGUAAAGUGACGCCAACUUUCCAAUGGAUUGACAAUAAAGGUCUCAAGCAGUGUCGAAGUUCAGUACAAGGCUCAAGGAUUAUUGUAGAUGAGAGAGGAUAUAUUUGUGAAUGGUCAGAUAGGCUUUCCAAUGGUUGCUGUUUUUCAAAAGGUGUUACCACAAAGCAGUUUGUUUGCAAGAGUUGUCUUUCAAACCAGUGUUGCAGUGUGUAUGAACACUGUGUGUCCUGCUGUCAACACCCGAACAAGCAAACUCUGCUGCGAUCAAUCUUAGCAAACAACAGUCGCAAGAUUUUGAAAAUGGUUCAAGACCAGUUUGAAUUCUGCUUGGUGAAAUGCCGUACAUCUUCAGAAAGCGUUAUUCACGAGAAUCAUUACCGCAACAGUAAGCACAAGCAUUGCUUUGGUCUGAAACAACCUGAAACAGAAACAUGACCCAGCUCACAUUCAGCAUGAGAUAAAUGGUUCCAAAUGAACACACAUACAGCGGAUGUCUGUCUGUAUCAAUGUGUGGUAACAAUUAAAAACGCGUUGUAGAUGAUCACAUGAAGUCUUAAGAUGUUUACAUGUUGAGGAUUACAAAGUUCAUUAAGACAUAACAAGCUGAAUAAUUAAGAAGUCGAGAGAGUAUUGACAUGGUACAAUCACUAGCAUUGUUAACAAACUAACACAGUGGUAACAGAUAAUUGGUUGAAGCAAUGAUAUGUUUGAGACACUAAUAAGUAGCGUUGAUGAGUUUCAACUUACGGGAAAAAGAUCAUUUAUGCAAUCCAAGAGAUUUUUGAAAUGCUGCCCCAUCACCAGAAGUUGCAAGCUGUAAAUCAAUAGAAAAAAUGGUGAUCAUUUAUAAAUUAUAUUUUUAUGAUAUGCAUGAAAAUAAAAAUUGUUAAUUUAUAAUAAAC